AUUUGGGCUGGUAUCUCAAACUGAGAAGAAGCCUAAUUUAAAGUCUAAACAGUAAACUCCAAACUUGCAUGUGUUUGCAGUUAGAAUGCGGUACUGUAAUAGAACUGGGACUGAAAGUCUGAACUCUGAAAUCCAACGGCGUCCGCUCUUGUAGUAAAAGCUAUAGUUAUUAUAUCUCUUCGUCGAAUUUCAAAUGCUUUCAAAGACCAGGAUUUUGGUGAACUCAUCGCCUUGCUAUUUUGCAUUACUUCAGAAACUUCACUGUCAUCAGCACUCGCUAGCUUCCAACCCGGCGCCAAAUUAUGCGGAGCUUUUAAAUUCCUGCAUCGCUGGGAAGGCGAUUGAGCGAGGCAGGCAGCUACACGCUCGUCUGUGCCUUACUGGGCUUGGCUACAACACCUUCUUGGCCACGAAACUAGUCAAUCUUUACUGUGUUUGUGACCAUGUAAGUGUUGCACACCAACUGUUUGAUAAAAUCUCCAAAGGUAAUCUCUUUCUCUGGAACGUUUUGAUUCGUGGGUACGCGUGGAAUGGUCCUUAUGAGGUUGCCAUAUCUUUAUAUUUCCAGCUGCUCAAGCACGGCCAUGUUCCCGAUAACUUUACAUUUCCUUUCGUGCUGAAGGCGUGCUCAGCCCUCUCUGGUAUUGAUGUCGGGAGGGACAUUCAUGGGCAAGUGGUGAGCACCGGGUGGGAAAGAGAUGUUUUUGUUAGUGCCGCCCUCAUUGACAUGUAUGCAAAAAGUGGUUGUGUUGAGAGUUCAAGAAAAACAUUUGAUAAUGUUGUUCAGAGGGAUGUUGUCGUUUGGAACUCAAUGCUCGCUGCUUAUUCCCAGAAUGGGUGUCCGGAUGAGUGCCUAUCUUUAUGCAGUGAGAUGGCUUAUUCUGGCGUUGGGCCAACUGAUGCCACUUUAGUGACUUCCAUUUCGGCCGCUGCGGACAUAGCUGCACUUCAACAAGGGAGGGAGCUUCAUGCCUACAGCUUCAGACAUGGCUAUUGCUCUCAGGACAAGGUGAUGACUGCUCUUGUGGAUAUGUAUGCCAAGAGUGGUCACGUGAAGCUUGCUAGGAUGUUAUUUGAAGCACUUUCAGAGAAAAGGGUCGUUUCUUGGAAUGCUAUGAUCACUGGAUAUUCAAUGCAUGGCCAUGCUAAUGCAGCGCUUCAUAUGUUUAAUUGGAUGAUUCGUGGAGCCUGCCCAGACCACAUUACUUUUGUCGGAGUUUUAUCGGCUUGUAAGCAUGGAGGGAUGCUGGAUGAGGCGAAGAUGUAUUUUGAACAGAUGACCGGGAUUUAUGGUAUUGAACCAUCUGUUCAGCAUUAUACUUGCAUGGUUGAUCUCCUUGGUCACCGUGGACGGCUGGAUGAAGCUUAUGGACUUAUAACACAGAUGAAAGUCGUCCCAGAUUCUGGUGUGUGGGGCGCAUUGCUUAAUUCGUGCAAAAUUCAAGGAAAUGUGGAGUUAGCAGAACUCGCUUUGGAGAAGUUAAUCGAGCUGGAACCAAACGAUGCGGGAAAUUACGUGAUAUUAUCAAACAUGUAUGCCCAAGCAGGCAGGUGGGAGGGAGUUGCUAAGCUAAGAAAACUAAUGACUGACAAAGGAUUAAAGAAAAGCACUGCUUGUAGCUGGAUUGAAGUUAAAAGUAAAGUACACGCUUUUCUCUCUGGAGAUACAUCACAUCCAUUGUCCAAUGAAAUUUAUGAAGAGCUAAAAAGUUUGGAAGCAAGGAUGGUGCAGGCUGGUUAUAAUCCAAAUACUUCAGCUGUUUUUCAUGAUGUGGAUGACGAUGAAAAGACUAGAAUGCUUUCCUGCCACAGUGAAAGGCUAGCAAUUGUGUUUGGGAUUAUUAGUACACCACCGGGGACCAAUCUCUUGAUCACUAAGAACCUACGGAUUUGUGAAGAUUGCCAUGUUGCAAUUAAAUUUAUAUCGAAAAUCACAGAUAGACAGAUUACUAUCAGAGAUGUGAACCGCUAUCAUCAUUUCAAAGAUGGCAUCUGUUCUUGUGGUGAUUACUGGUAACCUGAGGAUCAAGAAAAUAAGAGUUUGGAAUUAAUUGCUCCAUGAGAAAUGUAAGUAAACUUAGAUACUACCUCCAUCUCACUAACAUUCAAACAUGAGAAAGUGGUGCGAUUAUUAAGAACUAUGGGUUUCUGUGGUUGAUAUUGAAUUGAUGAAAUAAGAAUGAUUUAGAAGCAUACAAACUUUACCAAAUUUGGUAUAAGACAAUUUUAGCGGGACCAAAAUAAUGAAGGAGUAAAAUAAUGAAACACUAAUUCAUAAGUGUACACUUGAAAUUCUGGAUUCCCAACUAAUCAUGAUUUUUUGUAUUGAUUGUAGUAGCCACAUGGUUGUGUUAAAAUUAUGCUACGUAGUAAGCCACUGUGUUUCUAUUACGGAGUAUUUUUUUAAAACAAUUUUUUGAGUUAGUUGAUCUCCCUAUGGAUGGCUAAGUUGCCCAGAUUUUCAAAGAUUGCUAUCACUGCUUCAAACUAAUGAACUCUUUCAUAAUAUAUUGGAUGGUGGGGUUGCCUUUUUUCUAUUUUCAGCUUUUCCAAGUCUCAUAACUGCUUUAAAGUUAAGAGGUCAUAAAUCAUCUACAUGAUGUUGGGGUUGUCUUUUUCUAUUUCCACAUAUUUUGAGUGGCUUUAACAAGAAAGUCAACUGAAAGGAUGUUUGUUAAUCCAUGGCAGCUCAGCUAUUGACAUGAUCGGAUUAUCCAGCUGGAGUGAUUUUACUCCUCAAAUAAUAUUUUUUGUUCGAACCUUACACAUGAAAUAUCCUAGAAAUUGUGGGCCACAUUUGGGCAAACUGAAUUACUGAUAUGAUCAAUUCAGACUGCCAAGACUGGUUGGUAGCACCUAAUAAGUCAUAAGCUUUACUAUCCAUUACUUAACUACUCAAGACCCCUGUUGCCUUUUCUCCUUCAUAAAUCCAUUUAAAAAAGAAUAAAAAUUAUUAUGGCAGUGGGAAUAUCCAUACCUAAUGAACUCGGCCAUUAUAAUGGCAGCAUAACUUCAUUUGUCGUGUUAUCCUGUAUGAUGGCUGCCAUGAGAGGUGUUAUCUUUGGUUAUGAUAUUGGAAUCUCAGGUGGAGUGACCUCAAUGGAACCCUUUCAGAAAAAGUUCUUCUGCGAUGUGUAUACUAAGAUGAAGAAAAACACUGAGGUCAGUAACUACUGCAAAUUUGACAGUCAACUCUUGACGGCUUUCUCAUCCUCACUGUAUGUAGCUGGUCUAUUUGCUUCCUUGUUGGCGUCAUUGGUAACCGGCGCCUUCGGACGAACACCAUCAAUCCUAAUCGGCGGAGUUGCUUUCCUAGCUGGCACAGCCCUCGGUGGCGUGGCCUUGAAUAUUUACAUGCUGAUUCUCGGCAGAGUUUUGCUUGGCAUAGGAGUUGGUUUUGCCAAUCAGGCAGUUCCAUUGUAUCUAUCAGAAAUGGCACCAGCCAAGUACAGAGGACGAAUCAACAAUGGCUUCCAGCUGAGUGUAGGCAUUGGGGUCUUAAUUGCAAGCCUCAUUAAUUAUGGGACUGAAAAGAUCAGAGAAGGUUGGGGAUGGAGAAUCUCUCUAUCACUAGCUUCAGUUCCUGCAUUUUCCCUAACAUUAAGUGGCCUUUUCCUCCCAGAAACACCCAACAGUCUAAUUCAUCGAUUCCAUGAUCAUGAGAAAGCCAACAAGAUGCUGAAGAGAAUAAGAGGCACAAAUGACGUCCAGGCAGAGUUGGAUGAUCUCAUUGCAGCUAGCGAGCUUUCAAAAACAGUAAAAAACCCCUUCAUGAACAUCACACAGAGAAGAUAUAGGCCUCAUUUAAUAAUGUCAAUCAUGAUCCCUUUCUUCCAACAAGUGACCGGUAUAAAUGUGGUAGCUUUCUAUGCUCCAGUCCUGUUUAGGAUAAUUGGCUUAGGUGAAAGUGCUUCACUCAUGUCAUCGGUUGUGAUCGGGGCAGUUGGAAUGGCCACAACUUUUGCUUCAAUGCUGAUUGUCGACAAACUUGGGAGAAGACGGCUUUUGAUCAUCGGGGGAAUAGUAAUGUUUUUCACACAAAUGACUGUAGGGGGGUAGUUAUGGGUGCUAAGUUGGGGAACCACGGAGGUGUAAGCAAAGACUGGGCAGUUGUGGUUUUGUUACUAAUAUGCGGUUAUGUUGCAGGGUUUGGGUUGUCAUGGGGGCCUUUGGGAUGGCUGAUUCCAAGUGAGAUCUUUCCACUGGAGAUCAGAUCAGCUGGACAAAGCAUCACGGUGGCUGUGAGCUUUCUAUUCACCUUCUUGGUUGGUCAAAACCUGUUGACAAUGCUUUGCCACUUCAAGUGUGGGAUUUUCUUCUUCUUUGGUGGGUGGGUUGCUGUUAUGACUGCCUUUGUGUACUUCUUGUUGCCUGAGACAAAAAGUAUACCUAUUGAGAAAAUGGAUAGGGUUUGGAGAGGGCACUGGUUCUGGAAGAAAUUUGUUGAAGAGGUCCUGUAGUACUAAAUUACUAUUACUCUGGAGAAUUGUAUAUAUGAGAAUCUAUGCCUUUUGGCUGUUCUUGUUUGCUCUUUGCCUAUUUAUUCUACUAGUAAAUGUCAAAGAAAAAUAUAUGCAUCUAUUGUAAUUUAUAUAGAAAUUGCUCUAAAUAGGAGCAAAAACGUUUUGAAAUUCCAAAAUAAGAGUAUCAUGUUUUUUAUUCCCUAAAUUAGGGAAUUCACCCUAAUUUAUACCGUUCCUCAAAGGUCGC